AUGAACGAUGGCAAACUUAUUAACAUGAUGGUCAUUCAUAUUGAGAAUGACAGUUUACAGCUUAAUAUUGUUAUUCUUGGACAGAUGGUGGACCGGAUCAAGGAUUUUUUAGCAUCGGGCGAUCAACAACUACCAAUAGUUAUUUUUCAAUUUGCAAGAGUAAAAAAUGCUGGAGGUACCAAUAUUGUGCAGAACAUUAUGUAUGGUACUAGACUCUUGAUAAAUCCAGAUAUUCCUGAGGUUUUGAUGCUUCGAAAAAGAGAGAUCUCGCAGUACCUGUCUGUGGUUUCUGGCAAACCAGCAUAUCUUGAUGAAGAUGAAGUUUUAUAUUCCAUUGGGAGGAAGACAAUAAAGGAGUUACGUGCUGCUGCGGAUGUUGGAUUCUAUGUUGUUCGGGCCACUGUUCUUGAUGUUGAACCCGUUCCAAGUUGGUGGUAUAAAUCAUGUGUUUGCAGCGUGAAGGCAGAAGCUAAUGCGGAUGAAUACUUCUGCGAUGGCUGUAAUAAGGACGUGAAUAAUGUGCUUGACAGCAAUAUCUGGCUUAAUACUAAUAUUUAUUAA